AUGGCGAGCAACAAGGUGAUCACGGUGGGUUUGUGCGCAAUUGGAUGGGUGCUAUUGGUGGUGAUAGGCAGUGGAAACACUGUGCAAGGAAUCACAUGCAGCAGAGCCUUAAGAGAAUUGAAGCCGUGCACGGCCUUCGUGCUGGGGCCUGCUCCAUUGCCCUCUGCCUCCUGCUGUACGGCCGUGCAGACGGUGAACAAAGAGGCUAACAACCCUGGAAUACGCCAACAGAUUUGUGAAUGUAUUAGGGAGGCUGCUGCAGCUGGUGGUAUUAGCCUUACAAAAGCUAGGAAAAUUCCUUCCUUGUGCCAUGUCCAACUUCCCUUCAACUGCCUUGGACCGAUUUCAUCCAUACGGAUACAGGAACUGCCUGAAGAGGAAUAA